AUGCUGGCCAAAACAGCCCUCACCGCAGCCCUCCUGGCGCUGCUCCCCUCAACAAACGCCCUCGCCUUCCCAGGCGCAGUAGGCUUCGGCUCUUCAGCGACAGGCGGAACAGGCGGCUCGACCUACGUGGUGACGAAUCUCGACGACUCCGGCGAUGGUUCGUUCCGAGAUGCCGUGAGCGAGUCCGGGCGGAUCGUGACUUUCGACGUGAGCGGGUACAUCGUGCUCGAGUCGGCCGUCUCCCUGGCCAGCGACCUGACCAUCAAUGGCUCGACAGCGCCGAGCCCCGGCAUUGGCAUCAUGGCCGGCGAGGUCUCGGCCAGCAACGCCGAUAAUAUCAUUAUCGUCAACAUGCGGUUCCGCCAGGGCAGCGAUGACCCGGACGACGGGAAGAGCGCCUUUAACAUGGGCGAUGCCUCUAAUAUCAUUCUUGACCACUGCUCUGUUGCCUAUGGCCAGUGGGACUCGGUUGAUGCCGUGGGCGCCGUCAACAUUACCGUCUCCAACAGCAUCAUCGCCUUUCCCAUCUACCAGCAGUUCGGCGCACACGUCGAGACCGGCCCGGCGACUUUCUUUGGGAACCUCUGGGUCAGCGCUCACAACCGCCAGCCUCUAGCCAAAUCUAACACCCAGUAUAUCAACAAUGUAGUGUACAACUAUCAGGCCGCCUACACCACUGCCGACACAAGCGGGUCGUUCUAUCAUGAUAUCAUGUACAACUAUUUCAUCACGGGUCCCAGCACGACUUCUGCCAGUGAUAGAUACUACCAGAUAGAAAGCAACCAAUACGCAUACGCCAUCGGCAACUACGGCGACGCAACCAACGACGGCGUCCUCAACGGCGCCGAGGAGAACCAGAUCGGUGAUGCCACCGUGCUCAGCUCGCCCUGGGAGUCCACCUCCACAUCCAUAGUCAAGUGGACUGCCGCCGAAGCCGUGACCAACGUCCUGGCCAGCGCCGGCGCGAGCCCUCGUGACGAGGUCGAUGCUUUGGCGGUGUCGCAGGUUGAGUCGUAUGGUACGGAGGGAACUAUCUAUGGGGACCAGUCCGAUACGGGGUUGUCUAACGGAGGUUAUGGAACGCUGUGA